UCUUUUAAUUUUAUUCCAAGUUCAAGCCUUGAGAGAUCAGUUUGUUAGGAAGGAAUGGCUGAAAUUCCAGCUACAAUAUGGUAAAAACUAUAGAUCCCCUAUCGAGAUACAUAGGAGAUAUUCAAUUUUCGAAGAAAACCUACGAAAAAUAGUAAAGCACAAUGCUCUUUAUGAUGAGGGCAAAUCAAGUCACAUGGAAGGCAUCAACCAAUUCACAGAUUGGACGAGUGAGGAAUUUCUACUUUACCUCAGUAGGGGAUGGAGAAAUGAGCCAAAAAUCUGGGGGGAAAUAUACCAGAAAACUAAUGGAUCAGAGGCACCACUUUAUAUCGAUUGGAGAAACAAAUCCGCAGUGACUGGAGUGAAGGAUCAAGGAAUGUGUGGAUCUAGCUGGUCUUUCAGUGCUACUGGAGCAAUAGAAGGCCAACUAGGACUGAAAGGAAACCUUUUCUCCCUCAGUGAGCAGAACCUGAUUGACUGUUCACCUGACAGUGGAUGCAGGGGAGGUUCCCCUAACAUAGCCUUCGAUUAUGUCAGGAUGAAUGGUAUUGAAAGCGAGGUUUCUUAUCCUUACAUUGGAGCUGAUGGAUCUUGUGCUGCUGAAUCUUCUAGCGUGGUUACAAAGAUCUCCAAAAUCGUUAAAAUAUCUCCGAAUGACGAGGAUGCUCUACAGGAUGCAAUCGCUUCUGUUGGUCCUAUAUCUGUCGCCAUAGAUGCUACGGAAAAUUUACAAAGAUACAAGGCAGGCAUCUUGGACGAUAACAGCUGUAGAAACGAUACUCAAAACCAUGCAGUGCUGGUUGUAGGUUAUGGAAGAGAGAAUAAUACAGAUUAUUACAUUAUUAAAAAUUCUUGGGGGGAUGAUUGGGGAGAACAGGGAUACUUUAGGCUGACAAGAAAUAGGAACAACAUGUGCGGUAUAUCUUCUACUGCCUCAUUCCCAGUUUUGUAAUAAAAACAUUUUUUCUGUAUAGAAUUUAUUACUUUUUCAAGAUUAACAAUGUGAUAUAAUAGACAAUCUAUAUAUAUUCACUGA